AAACAGGUGAAACGUUGAACGCCUGACUAGUUCAGUGAUCGUUAAUCUAGUGCCUUGGUAAAGCCACUGCUAUUAUGGAACGUUGGGUAGGCAAGACAGCGGUAGUGACUGGUGCAAGCUCUGGUAUUGGUGCCGCGAUAGCCAAAGAGUUAGCCCGCUCUGGCAUCACAACUGUAGGACUCGCUCGACGGGUGGAGCGUAUCGAAGCACUGAAAGCCGAGCUACCACCUACAGCGGCUUCCCGGUUGCAUCCAUUCCAAUGUGAUGUAACACGAGAGGAAGACAUUCUACGGGCGUUUGCGUUUGCUUGUGACACGUUCGGAGGAGUUGACAUCUUGAUCAAUAAUGCUGGAGUUUCCAGGGACCAGACUGCACUGACGCCAGGAAACUCGAAGGAGAUAAGGGAAAUAUUCGAUACCAAUGUGAUUGCGUUAAUCCACUGCAGUCGGGAAGCGUUUCAGUCAAUGAAGAAGCGAUCCGUGGAAGGAUGCAUCAUCAACAUUAAUAGCGUUGCCGGACACCACGUUUUCGAUUUACCACGACAGUCUAUCUACAGCCCCAGUAAGUAUGCGGUCACGGCCCUAACGGAAUCCUUGCGUAUUGAGUUGAGGAAAGAAAACGCUAACGUUAGAGUUACGAGUAUUAGUCCGGGAAUAUGCAAAACAGAAAUUUUGGCAGGAAUUCCCAAAGCAGAUUUCAUGCCGGCACUCAUGCCAGAAGACAUAGCUGACGCGAUUCGUUAUGUACUCGGUACUCCACCACGGGUUCAAAUCCAUGAACUAACAAUAAGGCCAACGGGAGAGCCGUUUUAGGGCUGAGUGAAGAAUAAAGUGACGUGGUCAUUCUAUGUUCUAAAUAAUAAAACCGAUAACAGGUCUGAGAAAUGUAUUAAUCCGAAUUAUACUGUUAUUGUAAUUACUCAACUCUCAGAAGCAAGUUUGCGGUCACUGCCGUGAUGGG